CCGGGAAGCCAGAGGUGGGGAAAAAGCAAGCUGGUGACCUGUGAAGGGGCUGGAAACUUCGGGUGCUUGGAGGAGCGGGGGAAUCCGGCUCCUCGGCUGCGCCAGAGGAAUCCAGCCCGGUUCUUCCCGCCAGCCCUGGUCGGGAAAGGCUGGGGAGUCCAGAGCGCACCAGCCAGCAAUGGACAGUCGCCGCUUUGCUCGCACUGGAGCAGGAGCCCAGGAUCGCCUGCCAUUCUCCUAGCCCUGCCGGCCGCCCUCCCCUCCUUUUCCAGAGGAAGCCAGGCACUACCUCACAGACAGCUGAGAAGCAAGGGGGGGCCCUCAAGAGCCAGCCCCCCCCUCCAAGCCCCCCUCUCUUUGCAGCAGCUGUUCCUCCUCCUCUCACCCCCCACCUUGCAAAAGGUGCUUUUCCAUUGCAUUGUCACCCGGGUGGUGUAGAGUUUCUGGACUGGGGGGGGGUCCUUUAUUUUUCCUCUCCUCCCCCCGCCCCGCCGCCAAUGUCUUUCUGGCUCUGCUUUGCCGCUGCUGUUCCUUCUGCGACUGGGAUGUCUGCAGACCAGGAUGGCUGUUAAACUGAAUGCCAGGCAGGGACAGGUGUAAAGGGGGGGGGGAGAGAAGGAGGAGUCUUGCCUCCCUCCCCUCAAAAGGCUUAGGAGAGCCUCGGAGAGUUUUUAGCAAGACCUGCAGCGAAAGGAUACCAUCCGCCUCUCUGGGAGACCCCGCAAGGCAAGGCAAGUUGGAGCUUCCACAUUACCAGAUUGUGGGGGGGGGGGGGCAGAGGCGUAACGAGGGAAAACGGCGCCCAGGGCAAGCUCUGCCCCUGAAAUUGCACCCCCCGCCCCCCUCACAUACCUGCGCCCUGGCUGGACUCUGCGGCGGUGGCAGGCGGCAGCGGAUCGCGCAGCGGCGGCGGGGGAUCGUGUGCCCCAUGGCUUGUGGCGCACAGUGGCAGCGUGGGAGUGACCGAGGUCAGACAGGUGUUGUUGACUGGUUUGUCAAUCCAGACAGCAAGGAUUGAUCUGGGAUCAAGGAUCUGGGAUGGCUGAAUUUUAUCAUCAAUACUGGUGUGACGGGCACUCCCCAUGGAGACCAUGAGCCCCACCUACAUGCCGCUCAUGCUGCUGCUGCUGGAAGGGGCAACCCACGGCCUGUUCCCCGAAGAACCUGGCCCCAUCAGUGUGGCCCUUGAAGACUAUGUGAAACAGUAUUCAGUCUUCGUGGGCAAUGGGAUAGGCCGGUUCUCCAGCCAAGAUGGUGGGGCAGAGAGGCUGAACAUCCAGCGAAUGCUGGCAUUCAACAGGACAUUGUACAUCGGAGAGAGGGAUAACUUGUACCGCAUAAGCCUGGAACCUGUCUCGACCAGUGAGAUGCGAUACCAUCAGAAAUACACGUGGGAGUCAAAUCAACACGAUAUCGACAUCUGCCGAAUGAAAGGGAAACACAAGGCAGAAUGCCGGAAUUUCAUCAAAGUGCUGCUCCUUCGGAACGACAACAUGCUCUUUGUGUGCGGCACCAACGCUUUCAACCCUGUCUGUGCCAACUACAGCAUGGAUGCUCUGAAGCCCAUUGGGGAUAACAUCAGCGGCAUGGCCCGGUGCCCCUACGAUCCCAAACAUGCCAACGUUGCCCUCUUCACAGGAGGCAUGCUCUUCACAGCCACGGUGACAGAUUUCCUGGCCAUUGACGCGGUGAUCUACCGCAGUCUGGGAGACAGCCCCACCCUGCGAACGGUCAAGCAUGACUCCAAGUGGUUCAAAGAACCCUAUUUCGUCCAUGCUGUGGAGUGGAAGGACCACGUUUACUUUUUUUUCCGGGAGAUUGCAAUGGAGUUUAACUACUUGGAGAAGGUGAUUGUGUCACGGGUGGCCCGAGUGUGUAAGAAUGACAUGGGCGGUUCACAGCGGGUGCUGGAGAAGCAAUGGAGCUCCUUUCUCAAGGCCCGCCUCAACUGCUCCGUCCCGGGGGACUCUCAUUUCUACUUCAAUGUUAUCCAGUCGGUCACAGACAUCCUGGAGCUGGACGGGCGGCCCAUGGUGCUGGCGGUCUUCUCCACACCCUCCAACAGCAUCCCCGGCUCUGCCAUCUGUGCCUUUGACAUGGCCCAGAUUGCCUCCGUCUUCGAGGGGCGCUUCCGGGAGCAGAAAUCCCCAGAAUCCAUUUGGACGCCGGUGCCAGAGGAGUUGGUCCCAAAGCCAAGGCCCGGAUGUUGUGCCGCUCCUGGGAUGCGCUACAAUUCCUCCAGCUUUUUCCCGGACGAGAUCCUCAAUUUUGUCAAAACGCAUCCCCUGAUGGAUGAAUCCGUUCCCUCUCUGGGCAAUGCUCCCUGGAUCAUCCGGACCAUGACCCGGCAUCAGCUGCGGAAGAUUGUGGUGGACCCUGCAGCCGGGCCCGGGAGGAAUCAUACGGUGGUCUUCUUGGGCUCUGACACUGGGACGGUGCUCAAGUUCCUGAUCCGAGCCAACGUCAGCGCCGGCUCCUCGACGGUCAAAGCCAGCAGCCAGAGCCUGCUCCUGGAAGAGUUUGAGACCUACCCCACUGAGAAAUGCGGCAAGGACAAUGUGGAUGAACGGAAACUCCUGGGCAUGGAACUGGACAAAGCCACGGGCUCCCUGCUGCUGGCCUUUCCUCCCUGCGUGGUGCGGGCCCCCGUGGCCAGAUGCCAUCAACAUUCAGGCUGCAUGAAAAGUUGUUUGGGGAGCCGGGACCCAUACUGCGGCUGGACUCCCGAAGGCUCCUGUAUAUUCCUGGAACCAAGCACCAGGGUUGCAUUUGAGCAAGACAUCAUUGGGGGCAGGACCUCUCAUCUUGGGGACUGUGAAGGGCUGGUGACCGAAAGCUUUGUGGACGAACCGGACGGGCUGGUGUCGGUGAACCUGCUGGUGAUCUCCUCCGUGGCGGCCUUUGUCAUCGGGGCCGUGAUCUCGGGCUUCAGCGUGUGCUGGUUCAUUGGGCACCGUGACCGGAAGGAGCUGGCCCGCCGCAAGGACAAAGAGAACAUCCUGUCCCACAGCGAGUCGGUGGUGAGCGUCAGCCGGCUGGGUGAGCGGAGGUCCCGGGGUGCUGGCGGGCAGCCGGAGAACUUGCUGGCUCCGCUCAUGCAGAACGGGUGGCCCAAGGGGCUCAUCAAGGUGAGCCAGCAUGACCUGGAUUCGGGGGUACUCCCCACGCCCGAACAGACCCCCUUGCAGCAGAAGCGGUGCCCCAAGCCCUGCACCUGGGAGUACAGCCACAAUCUCAUCAACGCCUCCAUGCGCGGCGGAGACCCGCCGUCCUCGGUCAUCCUCCUCCACGCGGGCCACACCCCGAUGCCCUCCCACCAUAUGACAUCUGGCCGGGUCAUCCCCAUCUCCUGCCACUCCAUGUUGAUGGACCAAGAACUGGAGGGCGAGGCCGGGGACCUCUCGCUGGACAUGCGCUAUCUGCCGGUGAGUGGCGGGGAAGGCCCCAGAGGGGUCCCGCAGCAGCAACCGCAGCUGCAGCAAAUUCCGCCGUCGCACCGACCCAGCGGGACCCGGAGCUCCUACGGCGGCGAGCUGCCGAUCACGCCGCACGACAGCCCGGAUCGGCGGCGGGUGGUGUCAGCCCCCAGUGGGGAGACGGGGGAUGCGCAUCAGUGGAACCCCGAAAAGCUGAACUCCAAUAGUAACAACGCGGCCAGCAAGGCGAACGCACAUCUGAAGCGCACCCACACUUUCAACAGUGGGGAAGGGCAAGCAGCGUAUGCCCGGGCACAGCGGGCACCCACGCUGGGUCCCCAACACACCCUCACGGACUUCAGCCACCUCCUGAAAUACAGUGGCAUUGAACGGACUCCCUCCUCCGUGAAAUAGGGAGCCCGCCCAGGGGGCGUGGCUUGGCUUGGUAACCUCCCUCCUCGUGGAAGGGGCGGGGUUUCAUGGCAGAGGAGGAGGAGGGGCGAAGCAGGUGGACGAAAAUGAGAGACCCUUGUUCCCACUUGGGGAGGGGCAGAGGGAGGAGGACGACCUGCACUCCCCGCCCAGGCGUACAGAUUGUCAGGGAGAGGGGGGGGUCACCAGGAAAGUGCCGCCUGAGGCCAAAAGCGGGGCGGCCUCUUGUGUGCGUGUGUUUUGGGGUUUUCUUUGUCCCGGCGCUUCCUCAUCGGUCUCUUCCUCACCUUUGCGGUGCUGCUCCUCCUCUUCGAGAGGUUGUGGGCGGGGCAGGUUUGGACAUUGCUCCGCCCCCCUCCCUCCUCCUCCUCCCUGCCCGCCCGCCACAGGGUAGAGAAGCAAAGAUUACAGGACAGGAUUGACCGGCGAUCAUGAAAUCCUAGCGAAACCGGUGGCUGGGAAAGUUUCAGGAGAGUGGCGUGCAAGGUCCGGAAAGGAUCCGGAGAUCCCCACGUGUUGCUUUUGUUCCAGAACAGUUGGAUGCUGUCGAGUGAUACCGGGUUGUGGACGGGAACCGGGAAGAGAAGGGAACCGGGAAGACAAAUUAAGCAAUGAUACACACACGCACACACACACUCCUUGGCCCCACCCGACUUCCUCCACUUCUUUGCCUAGAAUGGGAAGGCGUCCUGCCCCUCCCCCCAGGGCCGCUUUUCCUUUCCAAGAUGGCAAAUUCUCCCUUGCGGGGAGUCCGACAUGUUCUCACUGGUGCUAGUAACGAAAGGCCCGCAAAAAGGGGCCCCAGGGUGGGGAAUGGGCUUCGUCUGGUUCUCUCCUAUACUGCAGGUGUUUAAAGCGGUCUGACUCCAGUUCAAGCACUCCGCCUUCCUGAAAAGAAUCCUGGGCGUUCGUAGCUCCGUAAGUUGAGGGAAGCGUGGCUGAGGAUCCCCAGCCCCCUUGAAGAUCUUCUGUUGAGAGCCUCACUGAACAGAUCCCAGAUUGGUUUCAUCUUGUAGUGUAGACAGACAGGGCUUAAUCCAUGGUAGUCCUAGUUUGGCUUCCUCAAAUGCUUUGGCAAGCACCAUGUUGUGUGGGCAGUCUCCAGGCUGGAAUUGCAAUUGGUGGGGAGGGGGAUUCCAUCCUCCCACUUCCCCCCCUCCCCAUGAUCAUUCUGUCCUCUGCUUUCUUUGAUGGAGCAGAAGGUAAUUUUCAUACAGGGAGCCGGUUGGUAGUGCCAGUGGGCAGAGUUAAGGGGAAAUCAUGGAACUUACUCUGGACGGCAGUCACCUGCAUCCUAGUUGUGGCAACUGACCGUGAGACCACGGGUAUCACCCAUGCAUGGAUUGAGUCUGGCAGGCAGAGGAGGUAGGCUUGGUCACUCACAGUCCAAGCCGCAUUUCCUUUGAAUAAUCCAGUGCAGAAUGUAUCAGAAUGACCUCACAGAUAUACAUACGCCGGGAAGACUGUUUGGAAGGAGACAAGGACAGAACAGAGGAUCAUACAGAGAUACAGCAGCGGUACUUCUAUGCGGAGAGGAGUGCUUGGGGCUCAUGGGAGCUGUUAAUUAUUUAAUCUUCUCACGGUGCCCAGUUUGGGAAUGAUUGGGCUGGAAUUCAGGGCCACAUUAAAGAUGGCCCCCAAAAGAUUGUGAAAAUUCUCUGGUUUAGAGUAAAUCGGAGGCAGGAAGAUAUUGUGGGGUGGGGUGUCAGUGUCCAAUGGCCCCUUCAACCCCCUUGAACUCCAAAUGGUUCAGGAAGUCCCAGAUGUAAGAGGAACCGGAGACUGAUAGGGGAGGGUUUGCUCUCCACAAUUACCGUGCACGUCUUUUCAAACAGCCGUGGGGGUCUCAGUUUCUGUUCAAUUGUCAUUUAUACAAGUUUCUUUACCAAAACAGCCACUUUCUACUUAUGCGCUCAGAGGAAGCAUCCACACUGCAAGCAUUUGCCCAUUUUAUACCACUUUAACAGGGGUGGACCAUCCCAAGGAACCCUGGGAGUUGUAGUUUGGGCUGGAGGGUGUUGAGAAUUCUGAGUUAGGCUGAAAGAGAGGGUUGUGUGUGUUUUUUAAAGAGAGAGAGAUGAAAGUGGAUUGAAAGUGGUUUUGCACACCGUUCUUUGUCCAACCAUUGUUUGUAAAACAACACAACAGUCUGAAAAGGCUGUUUGGCCCGAAGGGGAACCUAAGAGCUGGAUCGGGAAGUUCCCAGUUCGAAUCUUGCCUCUGCCAGGAAGGCAGUAGGUGGGUUUAGCAAGCCCCAGUCUCUCAUCCACAGCUGCCCCCAGCUGCAAUAGGGGGAUGGUGAGUAAUGCAGGCCUACCUUACAGGGUUGUUGUAAGGAUUACAACACAUUUAUGGAAAGUGCCUGGGACUUUCUCUGUGGUAAGUGGGGUGAGUAGGCAAGCUGUGACAAGGCUGCCCAGUUCCAGUCCUCCUCCUGCUGUUGGACUACAACUCCCAUCAUCCCUGGCUAUCGGCCACUGUGGCUGGCAAGGAUGGGGGCUGUAGUCUAAAGACAGCUGGAGGGCUGAAGCUAAGACCUAUAAGUAGCCUCCCAGACUUCCUUUGACUGCUCUGGAAAAGGCCUGCCAUGGUCCUUUCCUCAGUCCCGAGGGAAGACAAAUCGACCAUUAUAUCAUACUGUAAGUGCAGAUAGCCUCAGGGUGAAUUGUGCUCACUCAAGAGGAAGAAUUUUGCCUACGUUUAGAGGAGAGAACCCUCUACAUCCAUAGCGUCGUGUAAGAGGCUGGAAAAGCCAGACCUAAAGUCUCUUAAACCUAUCAAGAGCUGCUUGCACUGAAAAGUCCUCUAUGUCCCGCUCUUCCUGCCUAAAUACGGUGAAGAAGAUGAUGCCGCAUACAUUAUCUGUUCACAAUCCAUGCAUGCCUGCUUGAUAUAUGGCUGCAAUCACUGAACAAUUAAUCGGUACUUUAAUUAGAUCAACUAAUAAGGAGCCCCAGUUAACCAGGAAACUUUUUUUUUUUUGGAAAGUUCAUUAUUUUUAAGGGGGAAAUGUUUAUAGCAUAUGAGCACUGCAGAUGGUGAGACCGCCAUAGUAGUAAAGUAAAGUGUGCCGUCAAAUCGAUUUCGACUCCUGGCACCCACAGAGCCCUGUGGUUGUCUUUGGUAAAAUACAGGAGGGGUUUACCAUUGCCUCCUCCCACACAGUAUGAGCUGAUGCCUUUCAGCAUCUUCCUAUAUCGCUGCUGCCCGAUACAGGUGUUUCCCAGAGUCUGGGAAACAUACCAGUGGGGAUUCGAACUGGCAACCUCCUGCUUGUUAGUCAAGCAUUUCCCCGCUGCACCAGAGACAUCCCCAUUUCAGAGCUGUGCCUCGUCUGAGAUGGUACCCCUUUCAGGAGGGUGUUUUCUUCAAAGCUUCUCUUCUAUUCAUAUGCACAUUUAUGCUGAUGUAAUUGGUUUGUCAUGUCCAGGCAGGACAGGAAAUAGGAUUGCCAUGGGGCAAUCCUAUGGCUGUUCACUUAGAAGAAAAUUUCAUGAUAUUCAGUGGGCCUACUUUCUAGGAAAUAUGUUUAGGGUUGCAACUAGGGGUGUGUGUGCCAGCCCUCCAGGAGUUUCCAGGAAUCACUGACAAUCUACCUGAUGUCUUAAAAGCCAUCCUGGAGAUUGUAAUGGCUAGAUAUUGGGGGACAGACUGGCAAAAUAUUUGUCAUGUCCAGACAGAGCUGGAAAUAGGAUUGCCAGCCCUCCAGGACUGUCUGGGGUCUCCGGGAUUGUGACAACAGCAGCCGCUGCACCAAUCCCUAUUCUCACCUGAGCCCUAUUUGCUUACCUAGCAACCAACACAAAAUAGGAAAAGGUGCAAUAUAGGGUUGCCAGCCCUCCAGAACUGGCCUAGAGUCUCCAGGGAUCAGCAUCCAUCUCCAGGUAACUCUGGAAAGCAACCCUGGCGAUUUCAAUGACUUGGUAUUUGAAAAAUAUUGAGUUAAAUAUAUAACAAAGUAAUCGUUUCAGUCUGAGUUGACAGCCCUAUUUGCAGCCUAAAACCUGUAGGAUGAUGCAGGGUGCAACUGUGUCCACACUUACUGUAGAGUAAGCCCCACUAAGAAUAUGUGAAGCUGUCGUAUACUGAGUCAGACCCUUGGUCCAUCUAGCUCAGUACUGUCUGCACUGACUGGCAGCAGCCUCUCCAAAGUUCCAGGCAGGAAUCUUUCCCAGCCCUACCUGGAGAUGCUGCCAGGGAGGGAACUUGGAACCUUCUGCAUGCAAAGCAGAUGGCUCUUCCACUGAGCUGGGUCCCCAGUAAAUAUGCAGUGAUCAGGCUAAGAUUGAUUCAUUUGGGUGAAAGGCCUUAGAAUAUCUAUCUAUCUGUGUAAUUAUUGCAAAUUUGCUUCCUUUGAUUCUGAUUCUGACUGAACCACGUCUUUGAGCCUGAAUAACCUCAUCCCAUCUCCCUAAGCUGUUGAUUGGGGCAAGUUUGGAGUUGAGGUUUGCUGGGAUUCUGAACUUGGGUUUAACCACUAAAAAAAAAAACAUUUUCUGGUGCUAAGACUUGCAGGAGUCUUCGGGCUUUGGUAGGUAGGACGGUUCUGCAGAGACUUGUCGGGGAAGUCGAAGGCAGGCUGCUGGCAGAACACUGGGCAGAACACUGAGAAGGCAGGCAGAACACUGAGAAGCACAAUUCUUCAAUUUUAAGAUGCCACCACCACCCUCCUGUGUGCUGGAGAGGAGGGAGGAGUGGAAAGCACUUGCUGGAGGCAGCUGUGUGUGUGUGUCCCUACCCUUCUCAUUUAGGUUAUGGGCAGAUGCUCUGAAUAUACUAACAUUCAAAGCUAGGCUUAUUUUUCUGUAUUUUGUUUGUUUUUGUUUGUCUGGUUCCCCCACACCCUCUUUUCUGCGACUGCUAAGUGGAGCCUCCCUAGUCAGGAGCAGUCUACCACUGGAUAGCAACUGCUGGGACAGCCAGCAGGGGGAGGGCCGCUGCCUUCAUGCUCUGCUUGUGGGCUCCCCGGAAGCAUAUUCUAGGCUAGGUGAACCUUGGGUCCGAUCCUGCAGUGCUCUUCUUAUGUGUGUUGCCCACCUCCAUCCUCUCCACCACCACCCCGCCGCAAUAAUGGCACAAUCUCUUCUGCUUAAGAGGACUGUGGGGUGCAGGGGGCUAAUUUGGAAAGUGGGUUGUCCCACGCAGAGGGCUAGCGACUUGCUUCCCACCCUCUUCUCCCCUGUUCUUUGCUCCCUGCACCUCUGGCCUUCCCAAGUUGAAUUUGCAGGCAGCUGUCUGUGUUCCUACCCACCAGAAGCUUGACCCAUGCCAUCCAUUUUAGAGACCUUGCAGCCUUGUGACGGGCAGGGGCCAUGGCUUCCUUCCUGUGCCUCUAAAAGUAGUGUGGCAGGAAGAGAUUCAACAGGUGAAGCCUUCCGUGCUGCAGCAUCUAUGUGUUGGGGGAUGCUGCACCAGUUGAAUUUCUGCUCCAUUGUGCAGCUGUUAAAGGCCUAGGAGCUGUGGCCAUUAAAAACAAACACACACACAAACUAGCAGAAUUUACAAGCUCUCUCCCUCCCUUCUUCCCUCCUUGCUCAAUUCUGAAGAAAUGAUGCAAUUUGUGCUAUCAUGACAAGGUGUGGAUGUUCAUCAGCGUCCUCUCUGGACUGGGAAGAUGAAUUGGCUGGCAGUUUGGGGUCCCCCUUCAUGUUCUAACCAGAUUUACAACGUCAGACUCUCCUGAAAGGUCAGUCCACUUAGAAGUGGACUUGUGUUGGGUUGCCAUGCAGGAAGAAAUUCAACAGGAAAAGCUACACCUGUGGGAUUCUGACCAGCCUGUGAGCUUUGAAAGGCACAGCAGCCCUGCUUUGAAAAAAAGUUAGUGCAGAUCCUAUGCCUCUGCUCCCUGUUCAGUGUCUUUGCAGAAAGAAAGGUGGAAAGGAGGAUCAGCAACAUAAUUCACACUUCAAAGUAAGUUGUAAGGAGCUUUUGAGUAACUGGGCUUGUGUGCUGACAACCUGAGGCUGCCAUAUUUUUUUCUGGAAGAAGCCUCCUAAGCCUUUUGCAGCACGGCAGACAGAAAUUUGGCUGUCAAAUUUGACAGGAAAUUGACUCAAGUGCCAACUUGCUUGGCAUGGAAAUGCCAUGAUGGGCAAAGCAGCACCUGUUGAAUUUCUGCUUGCCGCAUGACUAUUCAAGGCAGGGGAGCUUUGCCAGAUCAAAAGUGACAACCUUAGGGCUAUUGGAGGACUGGCAUGGAAGUGCCAAGUGUCCAGGAGUGGCUAGAAUCCUACACUGCAAAGUCUUGAGUUCAAAUCUUGCUUCUGCUGUGAACAUCAGCUACUCUCUCUUUCAGCCCUGCCCCCACCCAGCCCCCACUCUUCAGAUUAGCGAAACUGACCUCCCCUGCAGGCUUCUUGGAAGGCAUACUGAGAAAAUGUAUGUGAAGCCAUUUGAACUUCUCUAAACACUAAAUUUGGGUCGUUAUUUAAUCUGGGUAAUAGGAAAGGCCUGUUAGGGAAGGAGUUCCUACCCUCGGUUCCCCAGAAGAGGUUCGACUACAACUCCCAUCAUCCCCUUUGGGCAUUGUAGCUGGUGAUGAUGGGAGUUGUAGUCCGACACCGUCAGGGGGGACCCAAGGGUGGAAACCCCUGUCAGGGUCCACGUAUUUAAACUGUUUUCAAACCUGUUAUCUCUCUUGCACACUGGAACCCUGGACAUUUUGUAGAUCUGUAUCAGAGACAGGAGUCCUUGCAUUCUCAGCAAGCUACAGUUCCCAGAGGUCUUGGUGGGAUGGUGGCAGGUGUGGGAGCCAUGCCAGUUCCAAAUGGUUUAAAUGUGUACCAUCCGCGUAGGGUUGCCAUGUCCCCCGGAAGUUAGGGCAGCCCCCGGAUUUUGGCUCCUCCACCCGGCUGCUAAAUUCCACCCGGAUUUACACGGAUUUCAAAUGUGCUGCCCGGAUUUUACUCCAGAUCCGUUCACAUGGGAGGGCAGGGAAGGAGGGGAAAGGCUACAAAUCUAUCAAAUAAAUUUCAAAAAUGUAAAUUAGUUGUGGCAUAAUUUGCAUAAUAUGCAAAUUAGGCCACCCGGAUUUGGGAGGCUUGAAUAUGGCAACCCUACGUCCGCGGAACAAAAUGGUCUGAAUGCUGAAAUCUCGAUGGGGGCCACGCCUGUGCCGGCCGCCUGGCCGAACGGUUCCCUUUAGCCAAGCGGAGCCUCCAUGUGCAGGAGCAGUCUACCGUUUGGGGAGGCCCCGGUUGCUGAGAAGCUGAGCGGGAAACGGGGCGGUUGCUUGGCAAUUGAAAGGCAUUCUUCCUUUGGGAUUUCGGAGUGGGGGCGGACACUCAGAAAUCCCCAAAGGUGGCCAGUUUUCUGUUUCGGUUGCCAUUUUUAUUCUCACCCCCACCCCGUGGAUGCACUGAGAAUCCUGAAGCUGUGGAUUGGGUGGGUGUUGGGAGGGGGAGACAAGGAAGGAGGUGGCAACCAGGGUUACGUGAGAGUUGCCCAGGUAAUGUGGCCACGGAGAGAUGCAUCCUGUUGGUUGCCUCCUAGCUGUGGAGAAAAAGCACACUGUAAAUAGAGUGUGGGAAGCAUGUGGCCCUCGGGAGAACCAGUGGGCUAGUAUGAUGCAAGUUCUCUCGUGACCUUUUGCCCCCCCCCCCCCGGUGGUGACCUUUCAUCUUUUGAAUUUGUGCAGCUCCUGCAUGCUACAGCAGUACAAACUUCUCUGUAUCACUCUGGGGAAACCAAGAUAUCUCCUUCCAAUAAACUUUUGUUUACAACGACUGCA